AUGACUGAUGUGCCAUUCAAAAGACGUGCUCACGGUCGUAACAAGCCAGGUGCUUCCAGAGGACACGUUAAGUCAGUUCGCUGCAGCAACUGUCGCCGUAUGGUACCAAAGGACAAGGCCAUCAAGAGAUUCACCGUCAGAAACAUGGUCGAAGCUGCCGCUGUCAGAGAUAUCAGUGACGCCUCUGUCUACGCAGAGUACGUCGUUCCAAAGCUCUACUUGAAGGUCGCAUACUGUGUCUCAUGUGCUAUCCACUCACGUGUCGUCCGUGUCAGAUCUCGUGAAGACCGCCGCAAGAGAGCACCACCAGCAAGACCUCGUUUCAGAGAUGGCAAGAAGGUAAACCCUGCUGUUGCAUCACAAAUGGACUCAAGAGCUGGUGGUAAGUAA